CGCAUGCAGCAACGCCCGUCCCCGCAAGACUCCCGCCCUGUUCGCCGUCAUACUGUAGCCCACCAAUCUGCGCACGCCGGAACGCUGACUGCACGCUGAUGAUGCGCCUGUCUCUCCGCAGCCUCUCCCGCCGUGACACUGUGUCGAGACUCUGCUGCUGAACGACGACCGUUGUGUUUGCCAAGGCCAAUCACCGUCGCCCCGCUCGCGCUCCCCGCAUUGCACAGCACCACCGCGUAGCCUUCGAUGCAGGCUCUGUGAUGAAUCAAGGAGCUCCCUCGACGGCUGCUGCACAUGGUCCUGCUCAUGGUCCUGCUCCUGCCGCUGCCGCUGCUCCCCAGCCGAAGCCCAUCCGCUUCGUCACCAACCAUGACGGGCCAUACGCGAAGCGGCGCAGGAUCAACUCAGCCUGCCUGACCUGUCGCCGCAAGAAGACACGCUGUUCUGGCGAGCGCCCGGUCUGUGGCACAUGCACCCAGAACAAGCACGAAUGCGCCGGCUAUGGAGGCGAUAGUGGCGCGGCAGAGACGAGCCGCGACAGCAAGAAGGCGGUCCGCAGAGAGAGCGUUGCCUCGAUUGGCGCGCCUGCUCGACAGAUCGAGCCCUCGGUCCACGUUUCUGCCCAACCUGCCCGGCCGCAGCUGCCGCACAUGGCCUCAUCGAACAUGUCGCAGCUCUCUGAUUCGUCGACCAGCCAUGCACCGAAGCAAGAGGGCGACGACGAGAAUGGCAUCCUGAGUCUCAAUACACGCAACAGGAUGCCGUACUUCCGCUACUUUGGGCCGACGGCCAUCAUGCCAGGCUUUAGACAGAUGGUCGUCAAGGUCAAAGGCCAAAGACACGGAAGCACACACACGCUGUCAGACCAGCAUGCAGUCGAUUCGUCGCCUGCUGAGCCGCUAGGCUCGCCAUCAGGUGCAGAAGCUCGCACUCCUCUCGAGAUACCCGUGUACGACAGCUCUGACAUGUCUCCCAGUCCGCUCAUCACUCACCUAUGCAAGCUGUUCUUUGUCAAUCUGGGCUGUUGCUUCCCCUUCUUGCAGCGUGAACGCUUUAUGCGCGAUCUUGAGGAGAAGCAGGUCGAUGCCAUUCUUGUCGAUGCAGUCUGUGCACUAGCUGCAAGGUUCUCAACUCACCCAAUGCUGACUCUAGGUGGCAAUCAAGACAAGGACAGCACCGAAGACAAGACCAAAACCCUCCACCCUGAAGCUGGGCAAGCUUUCGCCCAGCGAGCCAAAUCGAACAUCCCAGACGCGUUCCCCUGUCCGAACGUUGCUGUGGUGCAAGCAGCUUUGUUGUUGGCGUACGACGAGUUCGGUGCCAGCCGUGACAGCGGUCUUUGGAUGUACCUUGGCAUCGCCAUCCGAAUGGCACAGGACCUGGGUAUGCAGACACUCGAGGGUCUGAAGUACGAAGGUCGAAACGGCAUCACUCCAAAACUUGUCAAGACCGACUCGAACAACGGUCGCGCGCCAGCCGUUCCAGAGCGACGCUCGCAGCAGAGCCAAAACAUGACCUCCGAUGAACAAGAGCAGAGAGCUGUCGAACGCGAGCGUCUAGACACCUUCUGGUCCAUCUUCUUCCUCGAUCGAGUCAUCUCAUCAGGUACUGGACGCCCAGUCACGAUUCGUGACCGAGAUAUCGAGAUCUGCUUCCCGUCCAUGGAUGAGGUAGACUCAGCAUCAGGGUGGCCAUUGCCCUUCCCAGCACUGAUCCGGAUAAUACACCUGUACGGGCGUGUCACAGACCUGCUGAACAGGGUGAGGGACGUGUCAGACAUCACGAAAGACCUGCAAAAGCAGCUAGAUGCGCUCGAGAACCGCCUGACAGAGAUCUACCAAAACCUGUCGCCCAAGCUACACUUCAAUGCUGUCAACUUCCAGCAGUAUGUCAAGUUCAACCAGGGAACUAAUUUUCUGCUGCUGCAUUGCUGGUUUCACACUUUGAUCGUCUUAUUACAUCAGCCGACUCUACUGAAGCCAUUCGAAGGAAGCCCGCAGUCACUCUCCGCCAAUAGCAGAGAGUUGUCCAUGUCUUCUGCCAAGACAAUCGCCGACAUAUUGUCGUUCACUGAGCUCAUCGAUGCGAAGACUGGCGUGGGCAAUCCCUUCACGAGUCAACCCAUCUACAUAGCUGCGUGCGCCUUCCUUCAAGAAUCUGUGACGCAUUCAGCGUCCUCGCAGCCGCAGUCUCGGCCUCAGUCUCGUCCCGUAUCGCCAGGCCCACAAAGCGAGCAAAGGGAUACUAGAGCUUCACUUGCACAACUAAACCUCGAAAAGAACCUAGCCAACGGCGACAGACUAAACGCUUUGCAAGAUCGUGAACAAAAGCAAGCUGCUAAACAUUCCCUUUUGGCCUCUGCAGCAAAUCAGAAUUACCAGCGCUGCCACCGUGCGCUCAAGUCGCUGGAGACCUAUUGGGAAGGCGUCAAGUACAUCAUCACAGUACUGGAUCAGAAGGCAAAGGGUAUCGACAAUCCAUUGCUGUACACAAGAGAAGAGAUGGAAAGCGCGCUGGAGGUGCCGCGACCGGAUCCGUCCUUCACAAGCCCGGGGUGGCGUAGGAAGCUUAGUUGGGGCACAUAUCUAACUGCGCGAAGUCCGGAUGGCGACAUGGCCAACAUACCUGCGGCAAUCAGGAAGGGCGCCCGAACGCCUACUAUACCUGGCUCCCCAAUGGGCCUUUCCAACCAAGCAGCAAUUGGUUGGUCGCUCACCGGCACUAUGAAUUCACCAUCGACCAACGUUGCAGUUAUGUACACGUCUGAGAACAGCACUGGCCGUGAGACGAAGUCGGCGUCGAAACGCUCGCCUGCAAGUACUCACCCGUCCAUUGCCUCGCUCAUGUCGAACCCACCCGUCAAGUUCGAGCCCUCGCAAUUACCCAUGCCAUCUCCUUCAAUCUAUCCAUCAUUCAACCCCGCGUCAAUGCCCCCGCCCCCAGCCAACAAUCCCUAUGGUCUUGUACAUGCGCCUGAUCCUGCGCUAGUCUCGGACGCUGAUCUGCUGUUGAAUCUCCACUCCCCGUUCAACAGCGCAUCUCCAAAUCAGGCAUCUCUACAGAAUACCACUUCCUACGUCAGGUCUGCAUCUAUAGCAAGCAACCAGGCACAACAGGUGCAGCCCGACGAAUUCUCGCCAACUUUUAGCAUGUACACCACGCCAUCAGACAAUUCGUUCGGUGAUAUGGUCAUCGACACCCAGGAUGUAGACAUGUCUGUGCUGGGCGCAGACAUGAUGCCAUGGGACCUGGAAUACCUACCACACGAUAUGCUAUAUUUCGGCGAUGGCACGUUCGGUGCCAACGACAUGGGCGGCACACAAUGAUACGAUGGUGACCAGCUUACGCUGGAGACACAUGAUUGGCGUCUUCACUUUCGGCGCGCAGGAGCAUAGGACUACCCGGAGUUAGGGCAUGCGCCAGUACAGUGCACAUAGCG